AUGAGCGGGUCAGGAAAAGGUCUUUUAGGUUUGUGGUUGUAUAGAAACGGAUCGGAUUGGCAAGUCAAGAAUGAGUCUUCCCAUCAUCCCAAGUUGGCUGAACUACAUGCAGCUCAACAGCACCCGCAAGAAGGGGAGAGGAUCUCAGUUAUAUUUACUGUGAAGAACCAAGUUGGAGGCUUGGUUAAGGUUCUUUCGGUCUUCCAAGAUCUCGGUAUCAAUGUUCUCCAUAUUGAAUCUAGAAAAUCCGCCAUGGAAAUUUCAGCCUCUGACAUCCUGGUGGACGUCGAAUGUGACCCUCGUAGAAUGGAACAGCUCAAGCGAAUGCUAAAACGCGAAAUCCAGGAUUUCGAGGUGGUGUCCUCUCAAACUGGCGACGACUUCCCACCUCCAACACCAUUAUCAGCAGCGGCUAGCUUUGAUUUUGGUGAGAUGGCGUGGUUUCCGCGUAAGAUUUCUGAUUUAGAUCGCGCUCAAAACGUUCUCAUGUAUGGUUCGGAACUUGACGCUGAUCACCCUGGGUUCAAGGAUCCAAUUUAUCGCAAGCGACGGGAGCAGUUCGCAGCUAUUGCAAAUAAUUACAAAUAUGGGCAGCCUAUUCCGAAGGUACAAUAUACCGAAACGGAGAUUAAAACUUGGGGCAUAGUAUUCAGGGAACUUCACAAACUCUACCAGAAACAUGCCUGCGAGGAAUAUCUUGAAAACUGGCCUCAGCUGGUAAAGUAUUGUGGAUACAAAGAAGACAAUUUACCUCAGUUGGAAGAUGUAAGCGUAUUCUUGAAACGCAAGACUGGAUUCCAACUUCGCCCUGUCGCUGGUUAUUUAUCCCCGAGAGAUUUUCUAUCCGGAUUAGCUUUCAGGGUGUUCCAUUGCACUCAGUAUAUUCGUCAUUCGUCCGACCCCUUCUACACACCUGAACCUGAUUGCUGUCAUGAGCUCUUGGGACACAUGCCGCUGCUCGCUAAUCCCAGUUUUGCACAAUUCUCGCAAGAACUGGGUCUGGCAUCGCUUGGAGCUACCGAUGAAGAUAUUGAUAAAUUGGCAACGCUUUAUUUCUUCACGGUUGAAUUCGGUCUAUGCCGUCAAACUGAUGGAAGCUUUCGAGUGUAUGGAGCUGGUCUGCUCUCCUCCGUGGCUGAGCUGCAGCAUGCCCUUACCACGCCCGAUAAAAUAAAAAGAUUCGACCCCGAUGUCACCGUUAAUGAAGAGUGCAUCAUCACAUCAUAUCAGAACGCUUAUUAUUACACGGAUUCAUUCGAAGAAGCGAAGGAGAAAAUGAGGGCCUACGCGGACAGUAUUCAACGACCUUUCGGAGUUCGUUACAACCCAUAUACUCAAAGCGUCGAAAUAUUGAGUAAUGCUCAGAAAAUAACCGCUCUUGUUCGUGAACUGAGAGGAGACAUAUGUAUCGUGUCUUCCGCUAUUAAGAAGAUUUCCGCUCAAGACUCCACUCUUGACGUUGAAACAAUCGCAAAUAUGCUACAUACAGGACUCCAGGUUAACGAGAGAAGCCCACAAAGCACUUCGGGUGGUAGUUCACCGAAUUCAGAACGUGGCUUGUCCCCUCGGCCUGAUGUAACGAAAUAA